AUGUCUGGGUUUCUGGAAAACGCCUACAGCCUGGUUCACCAGGACAAUGCGGCUGACGUGCCAACUGUGUCGGAUUUGCGUGUGCAGCUGGAGAAAGGCACUGACGAGACAAAAGUCGAAACUAUGAAGCGAAUUCUUACAAUCAUGCUGAAUGGAGACCCAAUGCCAACGUUGCUCAUGCAUAUCAUACGAUUUGUCAUGCCUUCGAAGCAUAAACCUCUCAAAAAGCUCUUGUACUUUUACUACGAGAUCUGCCCGAAACUCGAUUCGAGCGGCAAACUGAAGCAGGAAAUGAUUUUGGUUUGCAACGGCAUUCGUAAUGACCUUCAGCACCCGAACGAGUAUAUUCGAGGGAACACAUUGCGUUUUCUCUGCAAGCUGCGUGAGCCGGAACUUAUCGAACCUCUACUCUCAUCAGCGCGCUCCUGUCUGGAACACCGUCAUGCAUAUGUCCGCAAGAACGCUGUCUUCGCCGUGGCCUCUAUAUUUGCACAUUCCCCGUCGUUAAUUCCAGAUGCAUCGGAGCUCCUUGCUACCUUUAUCGAGGGCGAGACUGAUGCGACAUGUAAAAGGAAUGCGUUCGCUGCUCUUGCCAGCAUAAAUCACGAUGCAGCCCUCCUUUACCUAAGCUCUGUCUUUGAUGGCAUACCGAACGCCGAAGAGUUGCUGCAGUUGGUUGAACUUGAGUUUAUUCGGAAGGAUGCGUUCCAGAAUCCCCAGAAUAAGGCUCGAUAUCUUAGACUCAUUUUCGACUUGCUGGAAGCCGGCGCCUCAACCGUGGUGUAUGAAGCAGCCUCCUCUCUAACAGCGUUGACGACUAAUCCAGUAGCUGUUAAAGCUGCUGCGACCAAGUUCAUUGAACUCAGCAUUAAAGAAGCCGACAACAACGUAAAGCUCAUCGUCUUGGAUCGCGUAGAUCAGCUGCGCAAAAAUAACGAAGGAAUUCUCGAUGACUUGGUUAUGGAGAUAUUGAGAGUUCUUUCCAGCACAGAUAUUGAUGUCCGGAGGAAGACCCUCGGCAUUGCCUUGGACAUGGUAUCAAGCAAGAAUGUUGAGGAGGUCGUUCUUCUGCUGAAGAAGGAAUUAUCUAAAACCGUCGACCUGCAGUAUGAGAAGAAUUCCGAGUAUCGAUCGCUUCUCAUUCACUCGAUUCACCAAUGUGCGAUCAAGUUUUCGGAAGUCGCCGCUAGUGUGGUAGAUCUGCUCAUGGAUUUCAUAGCCGACUUCAAUAAUGCUUCAGCAGUGGACGUCAUUAAUUUUGUGAAGGAAGUUGUAGAAAAGUUUCCAACUCUCCGGAAGACGAUCGUUGAACGGCUCGUCUCUACACUAGGCGAGGUUCGUGCCGGCAAAGUCUACAGAGGUAUUUUGUGGAUCAUUGGCGAAUACUCGUUGGAAGAGAAAGAUAUUCGAGACGCGUGGAAGCGGAUGCGGGCUAGCUUGGGCGAGAUUCCUAUUCUUGCCUCGGAGCAGCGGCUUCUGGAGGAACAAGACGGCGGCGAAUCAAGCCAGGAUCAAGUCAACGGCAAUUCAAAGCCGGCACCGCCGAGCGGCUCACGUAAAGUCUUGGCCGACGGGACGUAUGCCACGGAGACAGCUCUGACUAGCCAAUCUUCGGCAGCCGCCAAGCUCGAGGCUGUUAAGGCAGCACAAAAGCCCCCCCUGCGUCAACUCAUCUUAGAUGGCGACUACUACCUUGCUACAGUUCUAUCUUCCACGCUUGUGAAGUUGGUCUUGCGUCACUCUGAAAUUUCGGCCGAUAACGCACGAACGAAUGCCUUGAGAGCUGAAGCUAUGCUCAUUAUGAUUUCUAUUCUCCGUAUUGGGCAAUCGCAGUUUGUGAAGGCUCCCAUUGACGAAGACUCCGUGGAUCGCAUCAUGUCAUGUGUGCGGUCUCUCGCCGACAUCAGCUCUAAGAAGGAACUCGAGGAUGUCUGGCUCAACGAUACCAGAAAGGCAUUCCGCGCAAUGGUACAAGUGGAAGAGAAGAAGCGGGAAGCCAAAGAAGCACAUGAGCGAGCAAAAUUGGCGGUACAAGUUGACGACGUCGUCCAGAUCCGUCAACUCUCGAAGCGGAAUGCUGCAGAUGGAAUGGAGGGAAUCGAAUUAGACCUGGAAAGAGCAACUGGUGGCGAAGCAACUGCGGAAGAUCUAUCCUCUAAACUCAGUCGUGUUGUGCAGCUGACGGGUUUCUCGGAUCCUGUCUAUGCGGAGGCAUACGUGAAGGUGCAUCAGUUUGACAUCGUCCUGGACGUGCUGCUUGUCAACCAGACAACAGAAACGCUUCAAAACUUGUCCGUGGAAUUUGCUACACUCGGUGACUUGAAGGUCGUGGAGAGACCUACGACUCAGAAUCUUGGUCCUCACGACUUCUACAAUGUGCAGUGCACUGUUAAGGUCUCAUCUACAGACACUGGCGUCAUAUUUGGCAAUGUCGUAUACGAUGGAGCUCACUCUACCGACACAAACGUGGUCAUUCUAAAUGAUUUGCAUGUGGAUAUUAUGGACUACAUCCAGCCUGCCACAUGCACCGAGACUCAGUUUCGAACAAUGUGGACUGAAUUUGAAUGGGAGAACAAGGUCAAUAUCAACUCAAAAGCGAAGUCGUUACGAGGCUUCCUGGAUCAACUGAUGGCUUGUACCAAUAUGAACUGCUUGACGCCCGAGGCUAGUCUUAAGGGAGACUGCCAGUUUUUGAGCGCCAACCUUUACGCUCGUUCCGUAUUCGGUGAGGAUGCUCUGGCCAAUCUCAGCAUUGAAAAGGAGGGAGAAGAUGGCCCUAUUACCGGAUUUGUUCGCAUAAGAAGCAGAUCUCAAGGCCUCGCUCUAAGUUUAGGAUCCUUGAAAGGAUUAAACAAGAUCGGGUCCUCAGCAUAA